AUGUCCGAAAAAGAACCACUUCUUCUGACUUCCCCCAACGAAAAUGCCCUGCGUGCAUCCAUUUCAAGCCGAUUCUUAUCAUGUAUCCCGCCGUUUUGGAGUUCAUCCAAAAAUACCCUUGAUUCGGACCCUGCUCUGUUGUAUGAUGCCGAACCGUUAGAAGACGAAAGUCUUGGCCCUAUACCUCCAGUAAACCCGCCAGUUGGUCAAUGUAGCUUAAAUGGAAGUGAGAAACUUCAUAAGAUCAGACUGCUCAUGAAAAAAUUUGGUAUUGCAGUCUAUAUAGUCCCCAGUGAGGAUGAACAUCAAUCUGAAUAUACUGCUUGUGCCGAUAAGAGACGGGAGUAUAUGUGCGGCUUCACUGGAAGCGCCGGAAUAUGUGUAGUGACAUUAGAUGAUGCCGAAAAAUUAUCGGGCGAAGCUGCCUUGUCCACCGAUGGUAGAUACUUUCUCCAGGCAGAACAGCAGCUCGACUCGAAGCUCUGGCGCCUACUCAAACAAGGCACUGUUGGGUAUCCUUCCUGGCAAGAAUUUUCAAUCCAGAAAGCAAAUGAUAGCAAAUUUAGUAACGUCAUUUCAUGCGACCCUAAAUUCUUGAGUUUGGGGCUCGGUCAGUACUUCGAACUGGCCCAAUCCAUUCGUGGCUUUAAGUUCGCUCCUUUGGCUCAAUGCAAUUUGGUGGACGAAGUCUGGGGCGAUGAGAGACCAUCAAGAUCCUCUGACCCAGUUUAUGAGUUUGGCUUGCAAUACUCAGGUGAAACUGCGCUGUCCAAAAUCUCCAGAGUACGCCAAUAUCUCAAGGAAAAUGAGGCUUCUCAUAUCAUUGUCACUGCCUUAGAUGACAUUGGCUGGCUCUUCAACUUAAGAGCUGAUACCGAUAUUCCUUUCUCGCCUUUUUUCUUUGCAUAUGCAAUUGUAGCUCCGAAGUCUGUGACUCUCUAUGCGAACGCCGAGAAGCUCGUCAAUGUCAAGUCAUAUUUAUCCAAGAUCCCUGGCUUCAUUGGAAAAUCUUACGACGAAUUCUACGGUGAUCUUGCUAAUUUGAAAGCCACUAUCCACAACAAAGAUAUACGGCUUGUCCUUCCCAGCAAGUAUGCAUGCAAUUACGCUCUUUUAAGCUCGCUUCCUGUCUCAGUGGCCCGCCAAACAAUCAUCUAUGAGUCUGCCAUCUCUGUCAUGAAACUCACAAAAAACCGUGCAGAGUUGUUCAACGCAAAAGUGGCUCAAGCCAAAGAUUCUCUUGUGUUUAUUCUCUUGGGUUCAUGGCUUGAACAUCAAUUGAUUCACAACAAAAAAAGUGUUACCGAAUAUCAAGUUGCUCAAAAGAUCUUCCAAAUUAGAGAGAGAUUUCCAAACUUCAAGGGGCUUUCGUACGAGACCAUUGCCUCGACCGGCCCCAAUGCCGCUGUGAUACAUUAUGCACCUUCAGAAACAGAGUCGUCCGUCAUCGAUGUCAAAACACCUUUCUUGUUGGACUCAGGCGCUCACUUUUUGGAAGGAACAACGGACAUUACGCGUACCUACAAGUUUGGCAGUAGUGGACCAAUGGACCUUUAUAGAAAGCUCUACACGCUCGUUCUCAAGGGACAUCUAGGUGUGGCCUUGGCCAAGUUUCCUGAAAACAAUGGAGCCACUGGCACGAUUCUAGACUCUUAUGCUCGCCAACCGCUCUGGAACGAGGGAUUGGAUUUUAAUCAUGGAACUGGCCAUGGAGUCGGAAGCUUUGGCAAUGUCCACGAAGGACCUUUAUACAUUCUGACCACCGCUGGCGGGGUAAGCAAGCAAGACUACUUCAAAAGAGGCGCGAUUUUGACUGACGAGCCAGGAUACUAUGUUGAUGGCAAAUAUGGAUUCAGAGUCGAAAGCGAGCUAGCCAUCUGUGAAUGCGAAAAGUCUUUCGGCAAAACUCGUGGUGGAAAUCGUUAUCUUGGGUUUGAGUAUCUUACAAAGGUGCCAUUUUGUUCCAACUUAAUCGAUAUAAAUUACCUUACUCGUGCUGAAAGAAAAUGGAUCAAUGACUAUCACUCUAGCAUAAAGUCUGAGUUUGGUCCAAAAUUGUUGCAAAUGGGUGAAAAGAAAGCUUAUCAUUGGCUCAUGAAGGAAACAAAGCCAAUUUGA